UGAAUUUCAUUAGAGAACCCAAACAGUUGCUGAAAGAAGCGUCGCUCGCGCUCAACGUUUCGACCAUGAGCUGGGCGGUGGAGGAGUGGAAGGAUGGACUUCCGGGGAAGGCCCUGCAGAAGAUCCAGGAGAUGGAGGUCCAGCUGGACAAGCUGAAGAAGGAGAGGACGCAGAAACAGUUUCAGCUGGAUUCCUUAGAAAGCGCCUUACAGAAACAAAAACAGAAGGUUGACAGUGAACGCACAGAAACCUCAGCUUUGAAAAGAGAGAAUCAGUCCUUGGUAGAAUCGUGCGAUUCUCUGGAGAAAGCUCGUCAAAAGGCUGUUCACGAUCUCGGUGUCAAAGAACAGCAGGUGAAUUAUCUGGAGGGUCAGCUGAAUUCAUGCAGGAAAACGAUUGAGCGACUGGAGCAGGAGCUGAAGAAGUACAAAAAUGAGAUGGAUCGUUCUCAGCUCGGCGGCUCCUCAUCGUUGUCCUCCUCCUCCUCUGAGCUGCAGUCCUUCACUCCACAGAAGACCUUUGCCACACCAGCCCCUGUCCCCACACACAGACACCAGGAUAACCGACUAGAGGAGCUGCAGGAGAAAUACAACCAAGAAGUGGAAGACAGAAAGAGGCUGGAGACGGAACUCAAAGUCUUGCAGGUCAAAAUGUUGAGUCAGUCGUCCGUCAGCUCCGUGAGCCACAAAGACAUCGCAGCUCGCCAAGCCGGCUCGUCCAUAUUCCCGUGGCAGCAGCAGGAUCACAGUGCCCGUGCUCCGGAUGGGACGGAGACGCCUCUGAAGAGACGAGGGGCGUCUCUGUGGGAGUCUCACGAGGAGACCCCGAUUAAACCCGGACAGAGGGUGAGCUCGUCCCGAACGGUUCAGAGUCCCGGUGGGUCCUCCCAGCAGCUGGAGCAGCUGAAGACUCUUAACCAAGAGCUGCGCACCCGUGUGUCAGAGCUGGAGAGAAAUCUGUCCAAUCAGGAGAAGGAAAUUCGUAAUCAAGCCUCCAAACUGCAGGAGCUACAAACUCAUCUGAACCAGGCUCGUAAAGACCUCGCAGAGCGGGACAGAGACCUGGCCAGGGCGGGUCAUGAACUGAGUCAAGCUGCAGACAAACACCAGCAGCUGGAGGCCAAGAGUUCAUCGCUUGAGCAGAAGCUGAAACGGGUCACAGAGGAGAUGAACUGUCAGAGGCACAACGCAGAGAGCUGCAGACAAGCCCUGGAGCAGAAACUCAAGGAUCAGGAAAGAAACAGUCAGAAGGAGCUGGCCCAGCUGCAGAGCUCCCAUCAGGCUUUGGAUCAGCAGCUCAACCAGACCAGAACCAAGAUGACACAAGAGAUCCAACAGUCCAAAAAAGACUACAAUGUGCUUCAGGCUGAUCUGGACAAGAUGAGCCUCCAGAAAGCUCAGAUAGAGAAGGAGUCGGAGGAGCAGAAACAGAAGCUGCUGCGGUCAGAACAAAGUCUGCAGGUCAGCCAGAACAAAGAGCAAGACCUUUGCAAGAAAAUGGAAGAGCUGCAGAAAGAGAAGAACUGUGUGACGGCUGAGUUGGACCGGAGCAGCAGGAGCUUAGCUCAGCUGCAAGAAGAGAAACGAAACUCGGAACAGGUCCUCAAACGCACCCAGGGACUGCUGGAGGAUCUGAAAGUAAAAUCAGAAGGACAGGCUGAGGAGCUGAAGAGACUUCAGUCCAAACUGGAGCAGCAGACUCAAGUUUCAGUGCAGGAGCAGGAACACUUAAAGAAAACACUCUCUGAUGCUGAGGCCAGAAAUGACAAAUCUCAGAAUGAACUCCAGAAGCAGAAACAAGAGGCAGAGAGGCUGAACAAUAAGCUGGCGUUUCUCGAGAAGGAGAGCCAGGAGCUGAACUCCAAACUGAGUGUGAGUCAGGACGAGUGUGAGGCUCUGAAACAGGAACAUCGAGCUCUGCUGGAGUGGAAGCAAGGAAAGGAAACUUUAAUAAACCAAACAGAAGCUGUGCAAAAAGAGCUCACUGACAAAAUUAGCAGCUUGGAGAAUGAUGUCAGCGUGCUGAGUGAGGCUAAGRAUGAACUCCAGAAUAAGACCCUKUGUGUCGAGGGGGAAAACGCCCGUCUGUCUGCUCACAUCGAUGCUUUGAAAGGAGAAUUGCUGAAUAAGAGCACAGAGCUGGAGGAGAAGGAGCAUGAGUACGAGAAGCUGCAGCUGCAGUUUUCUGAAGCCGGUCAGAAACACAACAAAGACCUGGAGAACGCUGGAAUUCAACUGGCUCAGCUUGAAGCACAGGUGAAAGACCUGGAGUCACGGCUGCAGAGGGAAGCUGCUCGAGCAGAGCUUGCUGAGAGGACAAACGUGGAGCUGCAGGAGGAGCAUCGAGCAGCCUGUGACCUGGUGCGCUCCAAAGACCAGCUGCUGGAGCUGGGCCUGGCCGAGGUCAGCCAGCUGAAGGAGAGCCUGGCACAGUCCACAGCACGGCAGGAGGAGCAGAGCGCCAGGCUGGUAGAGGAGAAGGCAGAUCUGCUGAAGCAGUGUGAGCAGAGAGUUUCAGAAAAAACGGAGGAGCUCGAGCACAUCAGGCUGCAGAUGGAGGAGGUCCAGCAGGAGCUGCUGCUCUCCAAAAACCAGAUCAGCUCCACAGAGCAGUUCCUGAAGGUCCAGGAGCAGCUGGGAGCCGAGCUGCAGAAACAAAACAAUGCCAUGUCGCAGAAAGAAGAGGAACUCAGAAAGCUCUGCGAGCAGACAUCAGAGGAGCUGAGGGACCAGAGGAGCCAGGCGGAGGAGCAGCGCAGACAGGCUGCAGUUCAAAUCGUGGAGGUGGAGAUGCAAAAAUCUGAGCUGGAAACUAAAGUUCAAGACCUGAAGAAAGAAGCAGAGAUCCUGCUGGAGCAGAUUUCUUCCUUGGAGGAACGAGAAGCUGCGAACAGAAGAGCAGCAGAGGAGCUCCCAGUCCUGAAAAACGAUCUGGAUGUGGCCAAUCGAUCCCUCGAGCAGCUUAACGAUGCUCUCUCCUCUGCCAAUGAAACUAAGAGCAACCUGGAGAACAUCCUGGCUGAGAAACUGAAGCUGAUCUCUGCGCUGGAGACAGAAAUCCUGGACCUCACUGAGAAGAUGAGGGACGAGUCGGAGAGCCGCAGAGCAGAGAUUCACGACUUGAUGAACAAAGAGAAGCAGCUCAAAGAGCAGCUGGAGAUGUCUCAGAAAUCAGCGGCUGCUGCCAAAACCGAGUUGUCUUCUCGUCGGGAGGAGAUCAGAACCAUGAAGUCCACCAUCGCUGCUGCUUCCCGUGGCUUGGAGGAGCGAGACGGUGCCAUAAAGAGUCUGAAAGAGAAGCUGAAUAAAAGUGAGGCUGAGCAGGUCAAAGCUUCAGAUCUGCUGAAGGAGAAGAUUGCUGCCAUGAACAAAAUCAAGGUGCAGAUGGAGAUGCUGCAGAUGGACCUGGAGGACAACGAGACGGCUAUAAGCUCCGCUGACAGUCAGGUGGACGAGCUUAAGAAGACCGUAGCGUCAUUAGAGGCCGAGCUCACUCAGAACCAGACCCAGAUGUCUGARCUGGAGGCCAGGCUGGAGGAAAGUAAAGCUCAGGUCUCUGUCUUGGAAAUCCGCUUGGACGAGGUCCAGUCCCAGAACUCCCUGCUGGAGUCCAAAUACGUCACAGCCAAGGAGGAGCUGCUGGAGCGGAGCUGUGAAAUCACUCGCCUGGAGGAGGACACGGUCCGACGGCAGCAGGUGGAAGAAAGCGUCGCCCUGCUGGAGUCUAAAGUCGCUCAGCUGGAGGAUGAAAACACCAAGCUGGAGGCGACGCUCAGGCAGCUGGUCCAGGAGAAAGACCACCGUCUGAACGAGUUACUGCAGGAGAAAAACCACCUGGAGGUUUCUCUGAAACAACUGAUGGAGGACCAACAGCGAGCGGACUCUGAAAACCUUCGAGGGAAAGAGGAGAAGGAAGAGCUGGAGGUCCGAGUGGGCAAACUAACCGAGGAGAUCAAACAGCUGCAGACUCGCUUAGACGAGGAAAAACUGGAAACCGAAGCGAGGAUUGUUCAGAUGUCGUUAGAACGGCACCAGGCUGAAACUGCUUUGAACUUGAUCAGGGAAGAGAAAUCCAACCUGGUUGUUAUUUUAAGUGGGAUAAAGGAGGAGAAACAACAGCUUCAGGAUAAAUUUGACAUCUUAGCUGCAGAAUUAAAACAGGAAACUGAGGAGAAAGUUCAGCUGGAAUGUGGCUACGCUCGGGUCUCUGAAGAAAACAAGAGACUUGAGUUCAGUUUGAGCCAGCUGGCUGAGGAGAAGCAGCAGCUGCAGGCCAGCAGAGAGGAGAUCUCUUCUCUCAGAGAGGAGAACGAGUGCAUCCAGCGCUCUCUGCUGUCUUCAGAGGAAGAACGCCAGAACCUGAAGGAACAGCUUGAGACGGCGGAGAGGAGGAGUGACGAGCAGAACAGAGACAGGAACCACCAGUUUGAGGCRGAGCAGGCGGAGCUUCACCAGAAGCUCACGGUCCUGCAGACAGAGCUGACCGAACUCAAAGAGCAGUACCGUUCACUGGUCCAACAAGUGGCCCAGCAGCACAGCCUGAUCCAGGAGCUCUCAGAACCACAGGACUGUCCUGAAGGCACUGAAAUCCACGAUGAGGCAGAACCUGAUGCUGGCGCCAACUCCUCUCCUCCAGAAAACGAACAGCGAAUCGUGUCUGAAAUGAAGCCGGACGAGGCUGAGAGUGAGGCAGAGCUGAAGUUCCAGGUGGAAAACUCUGAGACAGGAAUGAUCCAGAACCAGAUGGAAGAGGAGAAUGAGGCGUGUCAACACGAUGUAGAGGAAAUGAGAAGCGACACGGAGAACCAGCAGGUUUCUGAAGAYGACUGCAGUCCCAGAGAUGAUGUCCUAAAUGAGCCUGAACUCUGUGAUUCCUCCUCCGUUCAGAGUGAGAAGAAAAACUUGAAACCAAUCGAAAACGAGACACAAGAAGACUUCGACUCACUCAAGGAAAUUGUCUCAAAUCAAGAAACGGAGCUGGAGGCCCUGCGCUCYGAGUGUGACCUGCUGAACUCUGAGCUUCAGCUGAGGAAAGAGUUGACCGCCGACCUGGAAGUCCAAAUCCACAACCUGGAGCAGAAAGCUCAGGCUUCGGAGGCGGCGGCGCUUGGUGCAGCACAUCAGCUGAGCGCCGCUGUGGAGGCAAAGAAAAGCCUUUCUGAUGAGGUGGCUCAGUUGUUGGAAGAGAAGGAGACGUUAACUCUGCAGCUGCAGACGUCUAAAUGUCAGCUAACCGAUGUCAUGGAGAUGCUGGAGGGACUUGAAAUGGCCAAAGGCGGGUGGGAUGAAAAGUUCCUCCAGCAGGAGAGCGAGUUAAAGAGGGUUCGYUCAGAGAAGGCCAAUCUUGAGCAGCACAUCCUGGGAAUGGAGUCUGAGCUGGAGACCAUGCAGCUGCAGAGCAUCGGCCUGAAGGAGGAGAUGGAGGCACAGAAGAGGACAAGUUCAGGCUUGGAACAACAGAUAGAAACCCUGCUGACAGAGACGAGCCAGCUGAGAGCUGAACUUGUGACCUGCACCGAGGACAGAGAUGAGUUGAGCCAGGCUUUGUGCCAGUGGAGAGAGAAGGUCCACAGUUUGGAGGAGACUAACGGUGACACCAGAAGCCUGAUAUCCAUCCUGGAGGAUGACAUCAGAGCAGGGAGGAAGGAGUAUGAAGCCCUGCAGAGCAGCAUGGAGAAACUGAACACAGAGAAGAUUCAGCUGUUGGAGCAAGUCAAAGCACUGGAGCAGGUGGUUUCUCACCUAAGUGGCGAAAAAGAAGAGCUGCUCGGUCGUCUUGAUCAGAUAAAAGAAGAUCACACAUCAGCCAAUCAGAACACAGAGUCCAUGGUCGGCAAGAUACAGGCUUUGAAGGGAGACGUGUGCAGCCUUUCCCAGUCUCUGGAGGCCUCGCUGCUGGAAAAAGGAGAGAUAGCCUCUCGUUUGAAUUCCACUCAGGACGAAGUCCAGCAGAUGAGGACCGGCAUCGAGAAGCUUCAGGUCCGCAUCGAGUCCGACGAGAGGAAGAAAAAGAAGAUGGGGGAACUGCUCAAAGCUGCGCAGAGGAAGUUUGACUCGCUGCAGGAUCGGCUCGAUGCCCUGCAACGAGAGAAGGACGACGUGGAGCAAAGCCUGGAGACGGCUGUGCUGCAGGCUGAAACUGCCAGAGCUGAGCUGGAGGAGGAGAGGCAAAAGGUGGAAGAAGAGAAGAAAGAGCUCAAGGAGAAACUGACUGAACUCUCUGCUGCUCUGGACAACCUGAGAUCUGUGAAAGCACAUCUGGAGAGAGAGCUGGAAGCCAAACAGAGGGAGAUAGACGAGCUGAAGGCAGCUAAGGAUGAGCUGGAGACGGGACUGGAGAAGGCAGAGGUGGCUAGGAGAGAAGAGGAGGAGAGGCAGAACCAGAGGGUGGAUGAACUGCAGAGAGGACUGAGAGAAGAAGCUGAGAGACGAGUGAACGACCUCCAGACGCAGCUGGAAGCCUGUCAGCAGAGGGAGGCUUUACUGAGUUCAAAAUGUGCCGAAACUGAAGAGGAAAACACAAAGAUGCAGUCUGUGUUGUUAGAGUUGGAGACGGAGAGAGAAAAGCUGCUGAGUUCACUGCAGGAGUGGCAGAUGAACGGAGAGAGGUUUCGCUCUCAGGGAGAAGAACUGGAAAAGGACAGAAACAGCCUAAAGACGCACAUCGAGUCACUGCAAGAAGAAACAACGGCUCUUAAAACACUUGUUCAGGUCAAAGAGGAAGAGAAGCUCGCUUUAGAAAAGGAGGCAGAUCAGAGCCGAGCUUCACUUCAGUCCAUCUCAAAUCUCACUGCAGAGAAGGAACAGUUAGAAGAAACGAACCAACGGCUGGUUGAAGAGAAGCAGAAACUGCAGCUGAGCCUGUCCACAGUGGAGGAAGAGAGAGAGAACAUGAGCUGCGCUCUGGAAGCCACGAAACAAGAGAAGGACCGCUUGGAUCAGGAGAGACGUGUGUUAGAAGAAGAGAAACAGAACCUGCAAGAAACGCUCUCUUCAUUAAAGCAGGCGAAAGAACAAACCGAGCAGGAGAAGCUGAGGGUAGAGGCUGAAAAGGGAGAGUUGCUGUCUUCCUUUUCUGCGAUGGAAGAAGAGAAGAACAACUUGUCUUCAGCUGUUUCUCUGCUGGAAGAAGAGAAGCAGCAGAUGAAAGAGGAGAACGAGAAGAUUGCAGAAGAGCAAGAGCUUCUUCAGCAGACAGCAGAAUGUCUGAAGAAGGAAGCAGAAACUCACAAACAGACCGUCUCACAGCUCAGAGAGCAGGUGUCGGAGCUGACGUCUCGCUCAGCUCGUUUGUCCAAAGAGAGAGACUCUGCUCUGAGCAAAAUGAGUCUGUGGAUGAAGACGUGCAAACAGCUGGAGCAGGAGAGGAUGAUGUUAAACAGCUCAGAAGAAGCAAAACCUGAAAACGUUCAAACUGAAGAGCUGGCGCAGCUGAUGAUGGAGGCAGAGCAGAGGAAGAAAGAAGUAGAAGAGUUGACGGCUGCCCUGCAGAAGAAACGAACCGAGGCUGAAGAAAGACUGAAAGAAACUCAGCAGAAAGACGAAGAGGUGGAGGAGCUCCGAGACGCCCUGGCCCAAAAGAAAACAGAGCUGGAGGAGAGGAAGAAGGAGCUGGACGAAGCAAACCAACUGGCUGAGGAGAGAAGCAGAGAGGCAGACGAGAGCGUGGAAAAAUACUGCAGCCUGCUGAUUAAAGUGCACAAGCUGGAGGAGAUCAACGAGGGGCUGAAAAUACGACUGGAGCAGUUUACUGCAACCCGCCGUGCUAACGAAGCUAACGACAACCGCCGGCGUUCAUCCAGGAAGUCUUCCAGCAAACGGCAGGAAGCAGAAAAGGACGACAACGCGGAGAACCUGGUUCCCUCAGCGGCUCAGGGGGCGUCGCCCGGGAAGCGAGGCCGCAGUGAGGUCAGUGACGAGGGCAGCGCCCAGGAGGUCCUGCACAACCUGACCAAGAAGCUGAAGGCCAGCRCCAUGACCACGCCCAAAACAAGAGGGGAACAGGAAGAGGAAGAGUUCAGACCAGAGGGUCUCCCUGAGCUGGUGCAGAGAGGCUUCGCUGAUAUCCCUGUGGGGGAGGCCAGCCCCUUCAUCAUGAGGAGGACCACAGCGCGGCGCUGCAGUCCUCGCCUGGCUGCCCGCCACCCUCUGCCYGACAGCAAGGUUUUGGGGUCCGUCCCUUUCCAGAGCCCAUCGACAGACCGCUCCGACAYGAGGGGUCUCUCCCCUCACAACAAGGAGAAACUUUCACAGAACGAGUCGAAGCAGCAAGUUUUAAAAGAAACGACACAAGAAGAGAAUUGUCGCGUUCAGUAGAUCACAUUAAUAUCAUCUAAUUUACUCCACAGAAUAGAAUCCUGGCACUAGUUUUUAUAAAAAAAAAAUUUAUAAACACUUUCUGAUUUUUAGAUUUUCUGAUGUCUUAUUAUAAACCAGAUGUGUUUACUUUUUUUAGAGAUCGUUUCUGUUUUCCUACWGCCUAAUUAUGGUACUCUCUUAUUUUAUGUCUGUCAAUUUCAUUUCUUUUUUGUUCUUUCUGCUGUAGAAAAGAUUUGCUAAAUGUUACUGUUGUGUAACAAAUCACUAGACAGGCAGAUAACACAUCUGUAGAUUUACUGCCUUUUUUCUUGCUUUUAUCUUUUUGAUUUUUUUUUUUAGUCAGUAUAAAACUUGAAGUUUUUUCCCUCUGUUUCAAGCAUCUGUGGUCAUUUAGCAUUUAGGCAAAUAUAAAAUUUGCUGAUAAUUGUAAAUAUUUUGCAUAUUUUUUUAUUUUUUACUAAACUUUUGUUUUUUACUGCAUUAAA